CCCACUUGAGUGAAUACUUGACUACUUCACAUUCACACUCACUUUUCAGUUUCUGUUCUGCGUAGGUUGCAACCUACCUAGUAAUCAGAACCAAAGUAGAAAACGAAUGGAACCCGAUGGCGAUGAUUUUCCAUCGUUGGAUUUCGACAUUGAUUCACCAGACCAUAGACAGGACCAAAGUAAAAAACGAAAGCAUACUGAUAAUUAUGCGUCUCUGGAAUCGCCUUGUUCCAACACGAACCCCAGAGGGUGCCUUUUUUUUCUCCGUUUUUUUUUUGGGGGCAGACACUUCAUGAAUUUUGUAUCUUCUUCAUUCCCAUUUUAUUUGUUUGCCCCUCCUUUUUGAGUUUUGCAUUUGGUGUGGUUUAUGUUGCAAUAUGCAUGCAUGCCCCCAUUUACGUUGUUGGUGUUUUAGGCAUAAGGGUUUUUGGGAAGAAUGAUCAUAAAGAUUGCAUUUUUCUUAUUUUCUUGAUCCUUUCUCUUCGAGUUUGAUAAUAAAGAUUGCUUCUUCUUUUUUUGUGUUAUUUACUUGGUCCUUUCUGUUCGAGUUUGAUCAUAAAGAUUGCGUUUUUUUUUUUUUUGUUAUUUUCUUGAUUCUUUCUCUUCGAGUUUGAUCAUAAAGAUUGCGGUUUUGCUAUUUUCUUGACCGAGUUUGACAGAUUUUUUUUUUUUGUUUCUUUUAUCAAUCAUGCGUUUUGGGUUUUCCCUAUAGCUAUCAGAUAGAGGUGUAUGAAGUUGCAAGGAGAAGGAACACAAUAGCUGUGUUGGAUACAGGGUCUGGUAAGACCUUGAAUGCUGUAAUGCUCAUGAAAGAGGUGGGUUAAGCCAUCAAGACUAGUGGUGUAAAGAAGCUGAUUCUUUUCUUGGCUCCCACAGUUCAUCUUGUCAACCAGGCAUGUUACACAGUUUUUUUUCUUCCCUUUCUGUUUUUGCUUCCUGUUAGUUUUUUUCUUUGACAAAUGUGGUAUUGAAAGCUUAAAGCUCUCAAAUUUUUAACAUAACAGCAACUAACAUGGUCUUAAUUUGACAAGUCUCAUUGACUUAGAGGUCCUACAUACCCUCCCUUAAACUGAACUGCAAACUGCAGUCAGUUUACUUCUGGUGCCUAGCAGAUCUCUUUAUCUCAAGAACAACUACAGCUUCAAGGGCUCAGUCAUAAUGCCAGCAAUUUGAUCUUUUGAAUCACAGUGCACCAAGUCAACAAUCCAAUCUUUUGUUAAAUCAUAAAGAAGAUAAAAUCUUAUGUGAAUGUGUUUACUUCUACCAUGUAAACAGGAUUCUUUGAAAGUUUAGGCCCUGUUCAGAGUGUUUUUAGGUUUUUAGUUUUAAAAUUUUCAAAAUUUAAAUCCGGUUUUAGUUUUCAGUUUUGAUAUUUUCAAAAAAGAAAUGGGUUCAGUUUUAAAAUGACCUAACACAUUUUGAAAAUAAACAUUUUGUGGGGCACCCAGCUGGAAGGUACAAGUCACCAACACCACCCUUUCCUAAGUGUGCAACUCUCUUCAGUCAUCCACAAAUAGUACACAUUCACCCACGCCUUUUUCACCUUUAGAUCUUUCUGUUGCUGCUCCUUGAUGGUUUUCCUCUGAGCCUUUGUCGGCUUAACCCCAUUUGCUACCGUGAGAAUUCUUGUCUCCACCAAAUGCUAAUACUCCUUAGAUCGAAGAAGAUUCUACAUGAGCAUAGCCCAAUGGUCAUAAUGGCCAUCAAACUUAGGUUUGGCUGGUUGCACAAAAUUGCUUCCUUUUGCUGCCAUCUCACCCUCCCCUAUUUUGUUCACCAAAUGUUUCUCUCACACAUUAGGGGACCACAGUUCCUAACGUACACAACCGGGCCACUUAUGUGGAGCUCUAAUGCCAAUUUGUUGAAAGCUUAAAACAGAGAAAUCUCAGUAUGGGAGUUCAAAAGCUCUAUUAUUCAAUAACAAAACUGUGGCUCUAUGCUGGCCUUACAAAACAGGAAUAAAAUCAAAAUAUAACAUCCAUGUUUACAUUACCUAAAGAUAUGAUAAGUAAAUCUGGCAAGGAAUAGAAGCUAUACUAACUACUUAUAACUAGGACUUUAUUAACAUAACAGCAAUUAAGAUGAUCUUAAUAUGACAAGUCUUGUUGACAUAGAGGUCCAACAUGUGGCUGAUGAGAUGUUGUACUCUUCCUUCAUAACAAAGUGUGGCUGAUGAGAUGUACUCUUCCUUCAUAACAAAGUGUGUGGUUUAUUCAGUUACAGGUUAAACUUAUUUGGUGUUUGACUGUUUGUGUCCACUUUGCAGCAAUUCAAGAAUAUGAAAUUUCUGACUGAUUUUCAAGUUGAGGAAUACUAUGGAGCUAAAGGAGUUGAUACAUGGAGUUUGAAGAUGUGGGAGAAAGUGAUUAGUAACAAUGAUGUAUGUUUAUUGUUUAACCUGCUAAUUGAUUGUCUUACUUUUUUUGCGGUGGCUUUUACUUUCAUUGAUUUGUGCAGUAUUGUUUUGGGCCCAAUGGCAUUUACCUUAAGAUCUCUUAUAGUCUUAUUAAAGUUAAUUUAUUGUAUAAUUAUAUAGCUUACAUAUUUUCAUUCAUUAAUCAUGGGACACAAGAUAUUACAUAAUUAAGAACUUGUGGUAUUUUCUUUGCCACUAUCUUGGUCCAUGGCCCUCCAUCCUUGCUCAACAUUGAUUGAUUCUCCAUUUUAUUUUAUGUGAUAUUUCGGCCUGAAAAGUGUAUAAUUAAUUCAACUACUGAAUUUUUUAAUUGUUCUGAAUUCCUAGCCUUGAAUAAUAGUUAAUUAGUUAUAUCAACUGUAACGCCCUUGAUUGUCGUCUUCUUGGCGGCUUACAUAUUACAACACUUCACACGGUGACACUUCACACGGUGACACUUCACUCAACAUUCUUAUUGGUCAGAACCCUCUGUAGGUAGCCUUUUUCGAGAUCUCGAAAAUUUGUUUCGACUGCUUUCAGGAGUAAUGACUAUCUUGGGAAGUUUUUCGCUGGAUGUGUUCUUAAGACUAUUGCUGACUGUGUUGAAGCUCUGAUAGGAGCAUACUAUGUAGAUGGUGGACUCUUUGCUUCACUUAAUGUGAUGAAAUGGCUUGGGAUUGGUGUUGAACUUGAACUAUCAUCACUUGAUGAAGCAAUCACUGCUGCAUCUCUGAGUACAUGUGUGCCAAUAGAAAGUGAUAUUGCAAGCCUUGAAAAGAAAAUUGAGUAUGAAUUUUCAGUCAAGGGACUCUUACUGGAGGCAAUCACACAUUUGUCUGAGAAAGAACUUGGGAUUGGCUGCUGUUAUGAGAGGCUUAAAUUUCUUGGUGACUCGGUAUUGGACCUGCUUAUCACAUGGCAUCUUUAUCAGAGUCACACAGAUAUUGAUCCAGGGGUGUUGGCUGACUUACGUUCUGCUUCUGUCAAUAAUGACAAUUUUGCUCAAGUUGCUGUUAGACAUAACCUUCACCAGCACCUUCUACAUAGCUCAGGAUUAUUAGUGAGCCAGAUAUUAGAAUAUGUGAAGGUCAUUUCUGAAUCAGAUCCCAGAUCACUUCCAAGUAUUAGAGCUCCCAAGGCACUUGGAGAUGUAGUGGAAAGUAUUGUCGGGCCUAUACUAAUUGGUACCAAGCUAAGUCUUGACCAAGUGUGGAACGUUUUCUAUCCUCUAUUAUCUCCCAUUGUUACUCCUGAUAAACUUGAAUUGCCUCCAUUUCGUGAAUUAAAUGAAUUAUGUGAUUCACUUGGGCAUUUUGUAAAAGUAAAAGAAAAUUGUGAAAAAAUGGGAUCAGCAAUGCAUGUUGAGGUUAGUGUACAGCUUCCAAAUGCCCUAUUGGUUCGUGAAGGAAAGGGGCCAAAUAAAAAAACUGCAAAAGGAGAAGCUGCUUUUCAUUUGUUGAAGGAUCUUGAGAAGCGGGGAAUUUUACAUGGUAGUCUCAUGUCCAAGGGAAAAAGAGACAAUCCUGACCAUAUCUAUGAUUCAUUUCAUCUCAAAAGGGAUUCUAGUAUUUGUUCUUCUCUAAUUGAAGAACAUUCCUCAGAGCCAGCAUCACAUAAAAGGCACACAUUGGAUGAAACUAACUUAACUGCAUUUAAUUGAUCAAUGAAUAUGAAAGGGAGGACCACGGACCACACUAUAUGAUGUAUGUAAGAAAUUACAGUGGCCAGUGCCUGCAUUUGAUUCAAGAGAAUAUAAAGAUAGAUCUCUAUUUGAAUCCUGUGAAGGGCUGCAAGGAAGCAAGGGACAAAACUGUUUCUUUGUCGAAAAUUACCUUGUGCAUACCCAAUUAUGGUAAUAUA